GGUCCCAGUCCGGGUUUGGGGUCCCCCAGGCCAUGCUGCACUACCGCUCCCGCCUGCUGCGGGCCCUGCACACCGCGGCCUUCGCCGGCCUCUUCCUCAGCGGCUUCGCCGAGCAGAGCCAGACCCUGGAGCUGGAGCUGAUGGCGCGCUACCGCGAGGACCCCGUGGGUCUGGGGGGUCCCGGGGGGGUCCCGGGGGGGUCCUGGGGGGGGUCUCAGCCCCUCCCCGCCCCCAGGUUCCGGCGGCUGUGUCACUACAUCGUGAACCUGCGCUAUUUCGAGAUGUGCAUCCUCAUGGUGAUCGCCAUGAGCAGCAUCGCGCUGGCGGCCGAGGACCCGGUGCAGCCCAACGCCCCCCGCAACAACGUGAGACCCCUCCCCAAACUGGGUCAGACCCCUCCCCAAAUCCUCCCCGAGACCCCUCCCCAAAUCUGUGAGAGACCCCUCCCCAAAUCCUGCCCAACGCCCCCCGCAACAAC